AUGAGUGGUGAGACUGUUCCAAUCCUCAUAAAUACAAGCGGUUCUGAGGGCGAAGCACACGGGGCCUUGUGUAUAGUCUGUAGUGAUAGCGAAGACGUACCACUUGUGCCUGAGGUGGUGUUCGAUUCAACAUUGGAUUCACCAGGCUUCAAUAGAGAAUCACAGCCUUUAUUGGGAGGGCUUGAUGUCUCUUAUAAUCAAUUCCCAGAUGAUCCCGAAUUCAAUGAGCUGGUUAUACAAUCUGAGACUGCUAUUGAUCAUGGAAUUUUUCCUGAACGAAUAUCGCAGGGUUCGAGUGGAUCGUAUUUCGUAAAAAACCAAUCGGGAAAAAUCAUCAGCGUAUUUAAACCGAAAGACGAGGAACCAUAUGGUAGAUUGAAUCCGAAAUGGACGAAAUGGAUGCACAAAUUGUGUUGUCCUUGUUGCUUCGGUCGAUCAUGCCUUAUACCGAAUCAAGGAUAUUUGUCAGAAGCGGCAGCGUCACUAGUCGAUCAAAAACUAAGUUUAAAUAUCGUACCCAAAACUAGAGUAGUUAAAUUAGUAUCAGAAACUUUUAAUUAUUUAAGAAUAGAUAGGCAAAAAGCUAGGGUAAAAAGGGCAAUUAUGGAGCAGUUUCCCAACGUUGGUUUAAGGUUCAAUAGGAUAGGCUUACCACCUAAAGUGGGUUCAUUCCAAUUAUUCGUAGAUGGUUACAAGGACGCCGAUUAUUGGUUGAGACGGUUCGAAGUUGAGCCGUUGCCAGCUGGUUUGUCUCAAAAAUUUCAAUUGCAAUUCGAGAAAUUAGUCGUGUUAGAUUAUAUUAUUAGGAAUACUGAUAGAGGAAACGAUAAUUGGCUGAUACACUACGAUCAACCAAGCAUUGUUAAUGAGAACAACACAAGUGCUCAGAAUGGACAUGUAGAUACAACAGAUUGGAAUGUCGUCCAAUUGCCCGAGAUUAAAAUAGCGGCCAUAGACAACGGUUUGGCUUUUCCGUACAAACACCCGGAUAGUUGGAGGGCGUAUCCAUACCACUGGGCAUGGUUGCCCCAAGCAAAAGUACCCUUCAGCAAGUGUACCAAGGAAUUAGUGUUACCAUUGUUAGCAGACAUGAAUUUCGUGCAGGACCUCUGUGAUGAUUUAUAUUUACUUUUUAAACAAGAUAAGGGUUUUGAUAGAAAUUUAUACGAACGUCAGAUGUCUGUUAUGAGGGGCCAAAUUUUAAAUUUAACUCAAGCUCUCAAAGAUGGCAAAUCUCCGGUUCAAUUAGUUCAGAUGCCGGCCGUUGUUGUUGAAAAGUCCCAAGGUCAACAUACGUCUAGGUUUUUCAAUUUUACACAACGCUUCCAAGACAAAAGUCCAUUUUUCUCUUGGUGUUAA